AAAUAGAGAGAUACUUUGCUUAAAAUAAAUUGAAAUUAAACAAUCGAAAAGCUUUGUUUCUAUUCCAAAUUAUCCAAUUCAUACCUACAUCUGUUCCUAUCUCCAUACCUCCGUCCCAAAAACCUAUACAAAAAAACUAAAUGCCUCCUACCAAAGAACCCUUUACCUUAACGGCACCUCCAAACACGGACGUCUGGCGCAAACCUCCCACCACGGAUGUUUUCAACGCACCAACCAAUAUGACACCCAAAAUCCCUCUCACCUCAUUCCUCUCAUCCAAAAUCACCUUUUCAUUCCGUUGCAAAUAUCGUUAUGAUCAAGGUUGUCUUCUCCUCCAUCUCACCAAAGCCGGUUCUAAAGAUCGUUGGGUAAAGACCGGUAUUGAGUUUUACCAAAAUAAGCCUUAUGUAAGCACUGUUGGAUGCGACAAUUUUGCAGAUUGGAGUAUCUUACCGACAGACUUUGAUGCAAGUAAAGAUGUCGAGGUCACAAUUGAAGUAAGGAGAGAAGUGGAUGAGAAUGGGAAGUCAUUGUGGGUUUAUUGGGUACAAGGUGAAGAAAUGAUACCACUUAGGGAGAUUGCCUGGUUUUUUGCUGCUGAGGAAGGUUGGGAUAUCGCGGCAGGAGCAUUGGCUUGUAGGCCUGCUAAUGAGGAAGCUACCAACGGGGAGAGUUUACAAGUCAAAUUUUGGGAUUUUGCGUUGGAACAUGAGGCAUGAUUGGCUUUGGGGCGGUUCAUUUUGCAAUUGGUGGGUUGCAAACAUGAGACUCGGAAUCGUGAUUAGAAUUAGGUGGGCAAUCAGAGUAUCUUUUCUCGCUUUGUAAAGUGCACGAAUACAUAGAGCAGGAAAAUAUAAUGCUAAAGCAGAGGUUCUUAAA